UUUCAUACGGCUUGUGUUAUCGCUCGCUUGUAGUCCGUGAGCUGAGCACAGAAUUGGUCUGAGAGACUGUGCAUGUAUUCUGUAUUAGUAUUAGCGGGUAGGUCGUCUGGCUUAAGCACCGUCAAAAGUGAUCCCGGCUAUAACUUCAAACAGGCGGCGCAAAUCACAGCCCCAAACCAAUCCGUUCUAGGUGCUUAGGACCUCGGCCCUCGGAAUGGCGCCUUUGCUUCCGAGCCCACCCAUUGAUACACAUAUACAUAUACAUAUACAAUGUCCACACUUAUGAACAGUCGUGGCUUUCAGCUGGUCAUUGGAGGUGCGCUCUGUCUCAUGGGACUGCUGAUCGUGUUUGUGCUAUUGGAGGGCGAUGGAGGCGCGGCCAAACGAGCGUCACAGGAGUACUUCGAAUCAUCCCAGGCCUAUCUGGCUACAUUAGACUUCCCAUCGUUUAGGUCUGGGAGUUCUGGUGCGGCAGAUAGCGCCGCGGAUAUCGAAGCGAAUGUGAUGACAUGCAGUGAAAGGAAUGACAUAGAGCACUGGGGUUGUGAGGUGCGUGAUGUGGAGUGUUGUCGCUCCCACCGACACUGUUCUGAGGAGAUGGAGAAGUGUUCUGUGUGGGUGUGCUGUGUGCAUGCGAGUGUUGACGUAUUUCAGGUACUUGCCGAUAAGCAAUCAUAUACAGAGGCCACAGGAGAGGAUAGAGUUGGAACCGACACACUCAUACCCACAGAUAGCCCCAGCGAUAGUGACCAAGCCCCGACCGGUGAGAGUGGAGAAGUGGUUGUUGAGUUCCCUUCGCAGUCAGACAAUGAAAGGCAGUGGGUCCGUUACACGCCCAACCCGUACGUGCGGCUGCACUCGCCAGCCCCGCGGGCGGCCAAUGUGAGCGCUACACCGAGCAAGACACCCAUGAUGCCUCUACCACAGUUCAGCGACCGGAUGAUCUCGCUGGAGGAAGUGGAGGCGAUCAAGGAACGGGAGAAGAAUGCACCGGAGACACUCCUGGCGAGCGAUGAGAAGGAGCGCAACGCCCGACUGCCCAAGGGCUAUCCACGGGUGCACGAUGCGGCGUAUGCGACCAAAUGUGCGCAGUUCCAUGGAAGUGCUCGCACGCGAGUGGAGAGCUACGGCUAUCCGGUAGGUAACACCACGGACGAAUGGGGAACUAUUGCUGCCGAGUCUAACCAUGCGAUUGUUGUGUUGAUGUCUGGGGAUGAGUCUGCGAGAAUGGGUAUGGCUCUCAUACAGUCGCUGCGCAAUAUGAACACAUGUCCCGGUAUUGACAUGGUGGUGGCACUAGCCGGAGGAGGAGUAGGUAGCGAGGAGUGCAAGAACUCGGGUAAGCAAAACUGUGAUUCAGCAACCCCCACAUCACCGGGCGAUAUAAUAUCCGACAGCUAUAUUAAAGCCCUGCUGAAGCUUGGCGUGAGGUUCCGAUUUGUGCCCAAAUUCCAAUCGAGGACAGCCUCCAUACCCGGGGGCGAUCAAAGCUUCUGGGGUAUGGCGUUCAAUAAACUGAACGUUUUGGGUUGGAAAGACUACGACAAGAUAAUGUUCCUGGACGCGGAUACCCUUUUCUUCCACAAUGUAGACUAUCUACUGUUCUAUCCGAUGUACACGGGAUCGAUGACCAUGUGUUGCAACGGACGCGAUGCCAUGAAACCCGGCGGUGGGCUGUGGAUUGUCGAACCGUCUCAGAACCUCAUCGAUCUGACAAGUGUUUACGUGAACGACCACGACCGCAGCCAAGAGGACGGCUACAACAUAGGACUGGAAGACUGGCACUUUGGUGAUAUGCAUGUGCUCGCUAUGAUGUUCGCAAAGGCGCGGAAGCAACAGCCGUACUUAAUCUGGCCUGAGAGCUAUGAUAUGAGACAGAGCUUUAAGGCUAUAGAACAACUGUGGACGGGAGAGCGGAGGAACGACACACACAAUUGGAAGCCUAUGGAUAGUGAGCUCAUGCUGGCCGGACCCUGGGAUCUUACUACAAUGCCAAAGAAUGUGGAUGAGAAGUAUUGGUACCGUGCCAGUACUCAUGACCGGAACUACUAUGACGAUGUGGCCGAUAGGCUACAGCUACCAGAGGAAAGGGGCCGGACGUGGCAUGCGCUCAACGAGUCGUAUGAUUGGAUAGCCCAGCAGUGCAGUUGUGUGCCAGCGCAUGAUAGGGGCCCUGACUGGUUUAUCAGCGUACAUCUGUCAUGUAUGACAUUCCACAAGCCGGCUCAGUUUAAAACCUUUCCCGAAUUCCGGUAUGCAUCCAGUGGGAAUGAACCCCAGAUUCCAGAGUGCAUGAGAUACUACAUGAAUCUGUGGGGUGAUUUAUAUGAGCAGGCUAUGGGAGAACUGAAGAGAAAUACAUGGUGGCAGGAGAAGGAUCCGGCCAUCACAUACAAACUAAUAUAGUAGGCGGUACACUUGGAAGAGAUAGUGAUGACACACCCCUAAUUUAAGGGUAAAGUGAUAAGCGGUCUUUAUUGUAAUAUAGUCGAGUUGUAUAGUGACGGGUUUUUGAGAGAGGGGCGGACUCGGAAGAAGUGAGACCUCCCACUGUGGCCCAUUGCGAGAUACACGUAGCUCAGACAGUGUUUAGAGCAGAGUUAUAUUAUGUUCAUAUUAGUCCGUAUAUCAUUUAUCAAAAUAGAAUAGAUAUCCAUAUAUACAUAAAUCUAACUCG